CCAGUUGGGCAGACAGGUAUACCAACACCUGUCCCUGCUUUCCUGGCUAUGGGGUCCAUGGGUCUCCCUGCAUCCCACUGGGUCCUACAGUAUUUCCCCCACCCUCUCUAGCUUUAGGAACUUGGCAUUCGGGUACACAAGGGUCUUGACUGUUACUCCCACCCCGGAACUGUGAGGUCUGGCACUCAGGUCGUCUCUUCCCCAGCAAGCAAGCCAGAGGUGCCCCUGCCCUCCCCCAGUGACCCAAGAUGAGUACCAGAUGCUUUUUGCCCCCCACUCACCCCCCACAUACAAGCUUCAGAGCUCACGAUGCUCCUCUCUACGAGGCAAGCCCGAGGUUUCAGGGGAAACCCCAAAUAUGCCCUCCCCAAUGAUGGAACUGGGAUUCAGGCCGUGUACUAGAAGCAAGCACAGGAACCCAGGGACUUAUCCCUCUUUCCCGUGAGGGGACCCCAGCCAAGGGGGUAGGAAGCCUGGAUUCUCUCUCCUCCACAGGACCCAAGCUUCCCACGGGAGGAGGAGCCCAAGAUGCAGAGAGGGGCAGAGCCCUGGAACUGGGUACUGGAGACCUCUAGUGCCGGGUCCCAUGACUUCCAUCCAGAUCCGGCCCUAGAAGCAGCCAGCAUUUCCACACCAGGGAUGCGGCGCUCGGUCCUGGUCAGGAAUCCAGGCCACAAAGGCCCAAGGCCCGCUUAUGACGAGCUUGACUCUGACUCCGAGGACCUGGACCCCAACCCUGAAGAGCUGGACCCAGAGCCCGACCCAGAAGACCUCAACACUGUCUCCGAAGAUGUGGACCCCAGCUAUGAAGAUCUGGAGCCCGUCUCUGAGGAUCUGGACCCCGAUGCUGAAGCUCCGAGCUCCGUCUCGGGGACCCGUGACUCGGAUCCCCAAGAUCUCGACCCCAUGUCCUCAAGUUUCGACCUGGAUCCAGACGUCAUCGGCCCUGUCCCCCUGGUUCUUGACCCCAACAGCGACACCCUCAGCCCCACCGAAGCCCCAGACCUGGACCCCCUCUCAUCUAGCCUCACUGCCACUCCCGAGGUCCUGGCCGCCAGCCCCGCGGCGCUUCCUGCGCCUGCCAGCCCUCCCCGGCCCUUCUCCUGCCCCGAUUGCGGGCGAGCCUUCCGCCGCAGCUCGGGGCUGAGCCAGCACCGCCGCACCCACAGCGGCGAGAAGCCCUACCGCUGCCCCGACUGCGGCAAGUCGUUCAGCCACGGCGCCACGCUGGCCCAGCACCGGGGCAUCCACACGGGCGCGCGGCCCUACCAGUGCGCGGCCUGCGGCAAGGCCUUCGGCUGGCGCUCCACGCUGCUGAAGCACCGCAGCAGCCACAGCGGCGAGAAGCCGCACCACUGCCCCGUGUGCGGCAAGGCCUUCGGGCACGGCUCGCUGCUGGCGCAGCACCUGCGCACGCACGGCGGCCCGCGGCCGCACAAGUGCCCCGUGUGCGCCAAGGGCUUCGGGCAGGGCUCCGCGCUGCUGAAGCACCUGCGCACGCACACGGGCGAGCGGCCGUACCCGUGCCCGCAGUGCGGCAAAGCCUUCGGCCAGAGCUCGGCGCUGCUGCAGCACCAGCGCACGCACACGGCGGAGCGCCCGUACCGCUGUCCCCACUGCGGCAAGGCGUUCGGCCAGAGCUCCAACCUGCAGCACCACCUGCGCAUCCACACGGGCGAGCGGCCCUACGCCUGCCCCCACUGCUCCAAGGCCUUCGGGCAGAGCUCCGCGCUGCUGCAGCACCUGCACGUGCAUUCCGGAGAGCGCCCCUACCGCUGCCAGCUCUGCGGCAAGGCCUUCGGCCAGGCUUCCAGCCUCACCAAGCACAAGCGCGUGCACGAGGGCGCCGCCGCGGCGGCUGCCGCUGCCGCGGCGGCCGCCGCAGGCCUGGGCCUCAGUCCUGCUUCGAUGCUGCGGCCCGGGCAGGUCUCCCUCCUGGGGCCUGAUGCUGUGUCUGUUCUCGGCUCCGGCCUGGGCCUCGGCCCUGGCCCCAGCUCUGGCCUUGGCUCUGACCCUGGCUCCGAGCCGGGCUCCCUCCCUAAUCCCAGCCCCAAAGCUGUCUCUGGCUCCGAAUCUACCCCCACCCCUGAUUCUAUCAAAGCUUCUGACCCUAAGCCUGGUCACGACGCAGAUCCCGACCUUGUGGCCAGCCCUGACCGCGGAUCUGGCCCCAGCCCCGACCAAGAUCCUGGGCCCAGCUCCGACUCCAACCCCGAGUCUCAUCCCGAACCCUGCUCCCCCACCCAUGACACUGUCAGCCCAGCCCUCCCUACUGGCGAGAGUCCCGAGUGGGUGCGGGAGCAAGGGGCGCUGCUGGGCCCCGACGGCUGAAGUGGACGCCGAUGCUCCCGGGCGCCUGGGGAAGUUGUGUGUCGUGCAGUUUAGUAAAAUCCUGGCACUGCC